AGAAGCAAAUCAUUCUUCCUUGUGAAUACGACACACACUCUCCAGUUUCCAUAUGCUGAGAUUAUACUUCUUCAUCCUUUUGAUGGGCUUGGUGAGGUCAGACACAGAUGAAGCAUGUUCUGAGUUCACCAGACUGGGCUUUCACAGUGCAGUGGUUGGCACAGGACUGAACGUGAAACUGAUGCUUUACACAAGGAAAAACCUGACCUGUGCACAAGCCAUCAACUCCACAGCUUUCGGGAACUUAAAUGUGACCAAGAAAACCACCUUCAUCAUCCAUGGAUUCAGGCCAACGGGCUCUGCUCCAGUUUGGAUGGGGGACUUAGUAGAGGGGUUGCUCUUUAUAGAAGACAUGAACGUGGUUGUGGUUGACUGGAAUCGAGGAGCUACAACUUUAAUAUAUACCCAUGCCUCCAAGAAGACGAGAAAAGUGGCACAAGUCUUGAAGGAAUUUAUUGACCAAAUGUUGGCAGACGGCACUUCUCUGGACAACAUUUACAUGGUUGGAGUAAGUCUAGGAGCCCACAUAUCUGGGUUUGUUGGAGAAAUGUACAAUGGGCAACUGGGGAGAAUUACAGGUCUCGACCCUGCAGGCCCUUUAUUCAACGGGAGACCUCCCCAGGACAGAUUAGAUCCCGGCGACGCGCAGUUCGUGGACGUCAUCCAUUCCGACACUGACGCACUGGGCUACAAAGAACCAUUAGGAAAUAUAGACUUCUACCCAAAUGGAGGAUUGGAUCAACCUGGUUGCCCCAAAACAAUAUUUGGCGGAAUGCAGUAUUUUAAAUGUGACCACCAGAGGUCCGUGUACCUGUACCUUUCUUCCCUGAGAGAAAGCUGUGCUAUCACUGCAUACCCCUGUGAUUCCUACCGGGAUUACAGGAACGGCAAGUGUGUCAGCUGCGGCAUACCACAAAAGGAGUCCUGCCCCCUUCUUGGCUAUUAUGCUGAUAACUGGAAAGACUAUUUAAGAGAGAAAGACCCUCCUGUGACUAAAGCAUUCUUUGACACAGCUGAGGAGAAACCAUACUGCAUAUAUCAUUACCUUGUGGAUAUUAUAACUUGGAAUAAGAAUGUAAGAAGAGGGUCCAUUACAAUCAAAUUGAAAGACAAAGCUGGAAACAUCACCGAAUCCAAAAUUGAUCAUGAACCUGCAACAUUUCAGAAAUACCACCAAGUGAGUCUGCUUGCAAGAUUUAACCAAGAUCUGGAUAAAGUGGCAGCAAUUUCCUUGGUGUUCUCUACAGGAGCUAUAACAGGCCCAAAGUACAAGCUCAGGAUUCUCCGAAUGAAGUUAAGGUCACUAGUCCAUCCAGAGAGGCCCCAGUUGUGUCGGUAUGAUCUUGUACUGAAGGAAAAUGUGGAAACAGUCUUUCAACCUAUUCUUUGCCCAAAGUUGCUAAUGUGACUUGUCAGAAUACCAGCACACCAGGAACAUCAAGGAAGCUACGAUGACAGGCUUUUUCAAAGCUUCACCUCACUUUUUUCUUACGGCACAAAAAGUACAGGAAAGCCAAGGAUUUUUUCACUACUGUCCUAUGGAUGUCACAUUACAAAACAUCAAAUGGCCUUGUGAUUAUAAAAUCAUCCUGGGAAGGGAGCAACUAACUAGGGCAAGUCAGAAAUUGCCAGGCUCCUGAAGGCACAGAGCUUUGUUCAGCUACAUCCUGAGGCCUCGUUUGUUCUGGUCUGUCGAUCCCGCUGCUCAUCACAGGGGCUCUUCUGCUCACUGCAGCUGCGGGGCAGGUGUCUUAGAGGGAAGGACUAGCUGGAGCCUACACUUUGGACUCGACUCCACAUUCCCUGUGCCAAAUUCCUCCAGGUCCCGCAUGCAGGAGAGAAAGGAAACUGACCUACCUCCCAGAGCUGUUGGGUUCAAGAAGCGAGUCUGUGAAGGGUUCUUUGAAACCCCGUGAGUGCCGCAUCUGUGAAAUGUCUGAUAAAUGUGAAUAUGCUUUUAUUUAUUUUGAUAUAGCUUUUCUAAUAGGCAAUGAGAAGGCUUCUCCUUAUCAACACCAGCUUCUCUCCCAGGCCAUGCUCUGGGAAGGCCAGAAAGUUGCACCCCUGGCUUCCUGCCUCUCUAAAGUCGUGCUGGUGCCACGAGGAGGUGGGGAUGGUGGGGAUGGAAAGGAGGCAGCUGUUGGCACUAGAUAGUAAGUGGAUGAGGGCGGAAGGGCAGAGGAAGCAGUGGAGCAGCCUUACAGAAGAGUGACAAAAAAAGGACUGAGAGGCAGGAGAGAAAAAGCAGAGCUUAUUUUUCACUUAAGAUGGAGAAAGAAUCACUUUACAGGCAAACCUCAUUUUAAGAAAUCCUUUAAAAACAUUUUUCCUUAUUACCAAUGUAAUCCAUGAUUAUUGAAUGAAAUUUUUAAAAUGUAUAGAUGCAAAACAAAAAAGUACCAUAUGUAAUCCUACCUGUUGGAGGUAAUUAGCAUUUUUGAAAGUCGUGGAGUAAUUUGCUUUGCUAAUGUGAAUUCAAAGCAUAGACCAACUUGCUCUCGGAGAAUCUGAAGCCUCCAGUUUCAGGAAGCCUCAGCCUUCCCCAGAAGUAGGUGUGAUCUGUACAACUGGAAUGACAAGAGCAGCUGAGCCAAGAGGCCCUGGAGGGCCAAGGCCAGAGGAACGCGUUCAUCCGUCCCACAGCUGUGGCCACUGCAGGAUGGUUCCUGAGAUUCCUGAGUGCCAUGGAUCUCCUCAUCUGAGUGACUCCUCUACUGCUUUCUGUGAGAA